UCUUUGCUUUCAAGAUCUGGCGAAAGGGUUUGUGUCUGAGUAUCCAGUCGGUUUUAUUUUCAGAUGUGAGUUUACCUAUAAGGUCGCUCAACGUUGAUUACAAUGGCUUUACUUUGAAAUUAUGACCGGAAUUUGUUUUGUUUUUUCUGGUUGACUUGACGGACUCGUUGUACGUGAAAGUGAAACUAAAAUGUACCCGGAGUUGAAGGGGAAACCCACAAUUCAAACAAGACUGUUCGUACCAUAGCAGCAAAGAGUACCUGACAAUAACGUGAAGACAACAAUCAUGACAGACUUCUCUACAAUCUACAAACUGUCCCUGGUUGCUGUUUUCUGCUUCAUUAAAGCCUGCAGCAGCAGCUGUCCAGUGCUGGACUGCUGGUUCGUGCAGGAGAAAGCCGGUCGAGGAGGAGGUUUAACUGCAGCUACAAGCCAGGAAAAAUCCCUGCUUCACGUCAGAACAGAUGCACACAGCCACACUGCAGAGUCCCAACCGGCUCCAUCCGACAUCAACCCCGACAGAGUCUACUUUGUUACAGACCCAGCUGCCACUCUUUGCCACCGCUGUCUGAACCCUCCCAGAGGCUCUGUUAAGAAGCCCCAGUGUGAGAUCAACCCCUUCCUGCCGCAGCCGUCCACCCUCAAAUGGGUUGCUCCUCUCACAGCCUCCGCCUUAAGCCCCAUGUAUUUGCAAGCUGUUUGGUUUUCAACCGCCGUUCAGGGCCUGAACAAAGAGCUGUCCGUUUCCUCUAUCAUGCGUGCUCCCACAGCAACCAAAGAGCACAAUGUGAUCCUCAGUGUUACCAGUAAAACAGUCUCAGUGCAGUCCAGACUGGGGGAACCAGUGCUGCUGGACUGUGGGUUCUGGGCCAACCCCUCCUCGCCUCUCUCCGGGUUGGGUUUUGCUGUAGAGUGGCGCUACCAGUUCAGAGGUGAUGGCCGAUUGGUUCUGGCCUACGAUGGCAAAGCGGACCGCUUGGCUGAUACGCAAGAGGAAGGGGCCACACUGGACUUUGAGAGUUUGCAUGAGAAAGGAAACGCGUCCUUGAUCCUGCAGGAGGCUAAAGUUCGUCACUCUGGGAUGUAUAUUUGUACAGUUUAUCUGCCCUACCUUGUGGCUCAGGUGGCGGUGGAGCUUGAGAUUGUAGAACCUCCAUCUCUCUCCAUCCACCCGUCCCCUCUGCCCCUCGCUGUUCCCGGCCAGACUUUGACAGUCCAGUGUGAGGCGUCUGGCUUUGCCCCCCUCUCCCUGGAACUGAGCUGGGAGUUUAAAGGCGCUGAUGGGAAGUCCAGGCCUCUGGGAUCAGGCAGUGUAACGGGCCACAAGCAGGCCUGGGAUGGAACUUAUAGCCAGAGUUCCCGGCUGGAGCUCGACACAACUAAGCUGGACCUGGGCAGAGGAGGGGAGGUCACCUGUGUGGCUGUCCAUCUCGGAGGCACACGACGGGCCAGCACGACUGUCAACAUCGUUGGAUUCAGCACUCCCUCCAUUGAGGACUCAAUGGCAAUGGUCGGUGUAGCGCUAGUGCUCUACGGUCUAAUCAAAUUUGUCUCUUGGACCUUUACUAGCUCAGGCUCAGAUGAGGCUGGUCAACAAGACAAGAAAGACAAGUAAAGAAGAAUGAAGUCAACUGCUGUGAAAGUGUGAUACUGAAUCAACAAACCUGAUUGUUUUGAUAUCUCGGCUAGGGUUUCAGGGGUGACUAUCCUCGUGUUUAAGCAGACAGUUAUGUCAUUUGUUUUUUGAAGCUUGCAUGGUGAUAAAUCUGUGUAAACUUUGCCUUUUAGAGUUGUUUUUUCCCUACAGAUCCAGAGAAGCUUGCUUGCCAGUUGUUUUGUUCACUAUUUUGCUCAAAUAGUAAUAAUACUUUGGGAUAAACUUACUGUUCUGCUAAGAUUUCAGUGAGAAUUUUACUGAACAGGGCCUCUGUCUAAACAUGUUGUAAUAUUUCUUUAAACGUCCUUUUGAGGGCAAUUUAGCUGUUAUAUCAUAUUGGCCUCCCACUUUUUACAUAAUGUAUCUUGUCAUGAACACUGGAAAAGGGCCAGAAAUGUUCAGGAAUUUUGAAACGAUAAUGUGAUUAAACGUCAACUUCAAUUUGGUGAUGAUAAUGCUUCCAUAUGAUGCACAUAGAUAAAAUUUUUUUGGCUAUGUUUAUACGCCGAAAAACAGUUGUAUUUGAGGGAUUAGAGACGAGCCUCUGUGUGUGUGUGUGUGUGUGUGUGUGUGAGUGUUUGAGAAAGAAAUAGAACCUAAAACAUCUUUUGUAAAUGAUCAGGACAGUAAAAUCAAUAUUAGAGGAAACUAUCUAGACCCACAAAUACCUAUUAUUGUAAAUAUGAGAAUAUGAUGUGUGUAUAUUCUGACUUUUUUUGUUUUGUUAAACCUGUAUGUGCAUUUGUGCAUUAUAGUAAUGAUAAUCUUUAUUGUCCCUGAAUGUAAAAAUUGGCCUUCAGCUUCACAGGAUGGUUAAAACACAUCAUAGUUAAUCACAAUAUAUAUGAUAGAUAAUACAACAAGCACAGUACAGACAACAAUAGUGAACAUGGUCCUCGUGUGAAUGGUGUUUACCUUUUUAGUGAAGUUACUGCAUUUGGUAUGAAAGACUUUUUUGUAAAUGUUUUGAUUGUUGCAGCGUCUCUAUAGUGUUUCUGAGGGCAGUUUUAUGAAUUCUUAUAAAGAGGAUGAACAGGAUCGAACACAAUUUGUCAGACUUUUGUUUCACUUGUGUUUUCUCGUAGUGCUCUGAUCACAUGUUGGUAGGAAUGAUACUCCAACAGCCUGGGCUAAUGAAAAAUUAAACCUACAUAGAAAUGUGAAGGAAAUGGUACAAAGUUCUGCAGAAGGGAAAAUUCAAAAUUUGUGUCAGAAUUAAGAAAUCGUAAUUAAAGUCUGCAUUUGAAGUGAAAUAAAUACAAUUUCUUAAAACA